CCCCACAACAACCAGUGAGAAGCUAAAAUUUUGAUAAGAUGUUGGGGAUUGCUGAGUUUUUUAUAGCUCUAGCAGUAUGUCUCCUCAUUUUGCAGUUCCUAAAGCUGCAAUGGCUGCGUACCCAGCUUCCUCCAGGACCAGUUCCCCUCCCCAUCAUCGGAAAUUUGUGGCUGCUGGACUUCAAACUUCGUCGAGAAACUCUCACUAAGUUAACCAAUAUCUAUGGAAAUAUCUACACAUUGUGGAUGGGACAGACACCUAUGGUUGUACUGAAUGGAUACAAAGCAGUAAAAGAUGGCAUUGUCACCCACUCAGAGGAAGUUUCCGGAAGACCUCUCACCCCAUUCUACAGGGAUAUGAUGGGCGAGAAAGGUAUUUUUCUGACAAGUGGGCACACCUGGAAGCAACAGAGACGCUUUGGCAUGACAAUUAUAAGAAGCCUGGCACUCGGUAAGAACAAUUUGGAGCAUCAAAUUCAAACAGAGGCCUGUCACCUUGUGGACACCUUUGCAAACACAAAAGGCAAACCUUUCGACCCCCACACUUUCAUUGUCCAUGCUAUUGCAAAUGUAAUUUGUGCUGUUGUUUUUGGUCAUCGCUUCUCCAGUGAGGACGAAUCUUUCAGCAAGCUUAUCAAAGCUGUUUAUUUUGUGAUCUACUUUCAAGCUACUGUCUGGGGCAGGAUGUAUGAUGCUUUCCCAUGGCUUAUGCACCAUCUCCCAGGACCUCAUCAGAAAGCGUUUGCAUACAAUGACUUCAUGCACAAUUUAGUGAUGAAGGAGGUCCAGACUCAUGAAAGACAGAAUGCAGGUGAUCCACAGGAUCUCAUUGACUUCUACCUAGCUCAAAUAACAAAAACCAAAGAUGACCCUACUUCUACGUUUAAUAAAGACAAUAUGGUUCAGACUGUGGUUGAUCUUUUGCUGGGAGGGACAGAGACAACAAGUACCACCCUUCUCUGGGCACUGCUCUAUAUGGUACAAUACCCAGAAAUACAAGAAAAGGUUCAAAGAGAGAUAGAGGCUGUUCUGGAACCCUCCCAUCUCAUCAGUUAUGAAGACCGUAAAAAACUGCCAUAUACAAAUGCUGUGAUUCAUGAGGCUUUGCGGUACAGCAAUAUUACUUCUGUUGGGGUCCCUCGACAAUGUGUAAGGAAUACAACUUUGCUGGGUUUUCACAUUGAAAAGGGCACGCUUGUAUUGCCAAAUCUGCACUCCGUUGUGUAUGACUCUCAGCAUUGGGCGACCCCUUGGAAGUUCAACCCAAAUCAUUUUCUUGAUUUGGAUGGCAACUUUGUGAACAAAGAGGCAUUCUUACCUUUCUCAGCAGGGCACCGUGUAUGUUUGGGGGAACAGAUGGCACGAGUUGAACUGUUCAUCUUCUUUACUAACCUGCUUCGGGCAUUCACAUUCCAGCUCCCCGAGGGAGUAAAGGAAAUCAAUUUGGGGUACAUUUUGGGUGCAAUACUGCAGCCACAUCCAUAUAAACUCUGUGCUAUUCCACGUUAG